GUAAUUGAAGAUCACCAAAGUUUACAACACUGACUGAAAGCAUGGCGAGAUGAUAAGAGUCUAGAUUUCUAUGUCAUGUAUAGAUCUGUGUGAUGAGAUUAGACUCCUCAAAGACACCAAACCAGUGGAAAAGACUAUUUGUAGAUUAGUAAGCCGAAGGCCAAGGAAUAAUAGUUUGUGUUAAGUUUGUUUCCUGCAAAGUAUCGACAGGAUGGAGUCCAUUGAAAUCAUUGUCGGAACCUAUGAAAACAUGGUUUUGGGUUUCAGGACAGUACAAAGUGUUGCAAACAAUAACUGCACUUUGGAGACAAGUUUUACAGAUGAUGCCCACAGAGGUGCCUUGAGGUGCCUGUCAGUUUCAUCAAAUGGUAUACUGGCUUCCAGCAGCACAGAUGAUUCUGUUAGGCUACACAGCCUGAAGCGAAGAAAAGAAAUUGGAGGCGUCUUCCAACACACAGGCACAGUCAACUGCCUCACUUUCUAUGGAAAGGGAUACAUGUUUUCUGCCAGUGAAGAUGGGACCAUCUGCAUGUGGAAGUCCAAGAACUGGGAGCUGUUGAGGACUCUAAAAGGCCAUAAAGCUAAAGUUAUGACAGUGGGGAUUCAUCCAACGGGAAAGUUGGGCUUUUCUGCUGGCAGUGACAAAAGCCUUCUCACAUGGGAUCUACUGACUGGGAAACUGGCUUUUCAAAGAAAGCUUCAGGAUGUCGCCCUCUCAAUAUUCUUCACACCCUCUGGAGAUCGCUACGUUUUGCAGUUUGACAGAAGAAUUGAAAUAUGUGAUAUUGAGGACACAAAAACUGUUAAUGUAAUGACUAUGGAUUGGCGUAUCAACUGUCUUGUGCUUGUGAAACAGGACUUUUUGGUAGUUGGUGGUGAGGACAGACAUGUCCAAGUACUGAAUCUGACAAGUGGCAAGACAGUGUUGACAUUAGACAGUGCUGAUCAAGGACAGAGUGAUUUUCAUGGGGAUCUGAGGAGGCGGAACUGGUGCUCAGCUAUGAUGCAGGUGUGAGGUUGACCUGCAUGGCAGUGUACAGACCUGGUUCAGAUACACAGCAGAAAGCAGAAACUGAAGGUCAGGAAGAGAAGCAGCUAAGCAGGGUGAAAAAGGCCAAACGCAGGUCAGAUGACAUUAAUAAUGAGGAGGGAGAGGAAGAGAGCGACACACAAGAAGAAGAAAGUACAGCUAAAGUGGGACAGAAGUCUAAAAGCAAGCCUAAGCAGAAUGGAAAGCCACAGAUGAAGACAUCAGGGUUCGAGUCUACGGCACAACCAGUAAAGAAGCAGAGACUGGAAAAAGUUCAAAGAACUUCAGAGACAGUGAUGACAAAGAAAAAGAAGCUGAAGGGCAAAAAAAAAUAAAGUUUGUUGAAUUGAUCUCCAAAACGA